CAACAACGGUAAACAAAGAACAGCUGAGCCUCGAACAUGUGUGGGUGAGCUUUUGUGUUGUGAAAAUUCCGACAAAAGUAGAUAAGCGGAAAAAGUUGCCAACCCAAGCUAAAAAAUUCUGAAAAAUAAAGACCUCAUAGAAUUCCAAGUCGGGAGGGAAAACAAGCAACAGGCGACAAAUCUCACAAUCUCACGUAUCUGCCAGAUACAAAAUACAGCGCACUAUCUUUGAGGUUUGUUGCUUUUCCGCCAAGAAGUCACCUGCAGUUGAAAGUAUCACGUAGGCCAGUGAAGAAAACAUGGAAGUGAGCAACAGAAACAGGAACUCCAAGCCAAUACUGGUCAAGUGCGGUGGCUUCUCCUCCCAGCUGGCCAGGAAUGUAACCGAAAAGGUGGACGGUGAUCCGCUGUGGGGCUCCCGGUUCGAUGCCACCAACCCAGAGGCAGUCAUCAAAACACAUCUGGACUUUCUGCACAGUGGAGCGGAUAUCAUUCUGACGAACACGUACCAGUCGAGCGUGGAUGGCUUCGUGAAGUACCUGGGAGUCAGCAAGGAAGGUGGCGAGGAGCUCAUCCGUAAGAGUGUUCAACUCGCCCAGGAGGCCAAGACACAGUACCUUGAGGAAACCGCUUCCGACUCAACAUUACCUCUUAUUUUGGCCUCUAUUGGACCAUAUGGCGCCUGCCUGCACGACGGAUCUGAGUAUUCCGGCAGCUAUGCGGACAAGAUAACCAAGAAACAGCUUCAGGACUGGCAUAGAACCAGGAUAGAGAUCUGCUUGGCAGCUGGAGUAAAUGGACUGGCCCUGGAGACAUUACCCUGCCAGCUAGAAGCAGAGGCAGUAACCGAACUUGUACUGGAUUCCUAUCAGGAUGUCAAUUUCUGGGUGUCCUUUCAGUGUCAGGACAAAGCCCGCCUUGCUAGUGGAGAAUCCUACGCCCAGGCUGCUCUCUCCGUGUGGCGUUUGGUCCAACAACGACAGGCUCAGGAUCGUCUCCUGGGAAUCGGUGUCAAUUGUGUGAAUCCACAAUUUGUAACACCUUUGCUGACGUCCUUUUUAGAGGCUGCCGGGUCGAAUGAAAAAAUUCCAUUGGUUGUUUAUAGUAAUCGCGGCGAGAUAUACGAUGCCGCUCAGGGAGAGUGGACCGGUACUGGUGAGCAGGUUGUAAAGUUUGUCCCAGAAUGGAUCCAGUUGGGUGCCCGCAUCGUCGGCGGCUGUUGCCGUGUGUAUCCAGCCGAUGUGCUGGAGAUUCGCCAGUACGUGGAUGGCCUCAGCAUAGACGCGUAAUCGGUCGCGCACUCCGGCCACUGAUUAGACGAAAGCCGAUUCGUGUGACUAGCCUAGACCUAUUUAGUUUGCAAAUACACACACACACCCUAUAUAUGUACAAAAUGUACCCACAUCAGAUGGCCGGCUAAUCAGUAGACGGAGUCCGGACGAUCUGCGAUCGACGGACGCAGCCGAAAGGUAAACAGGCGUCGGGCGGGACGACUCGACGGGUGGGGGUCUGGACGUGUCCGGCACCCAGCGACAAUUUUUUGUUUUUUUUGAAAUUUGCAAACCAAGCUCAAUUGGUAUUGGAAUCGCAGCAAUCUCUGAUUCAACUAAAGAAAUCCAAAGUGCAUUUUUUUGUUACCAAAAUUUCAAAAUAAUAUUAAGUACUAUUUUUUGUUGAAAUUUUUUGAAUUUAUUAUCUUUAAUUUAAGUGAAUUUUUGUUUUAAUUUCUAAAAGUUUUGACUAAGAAAUGUUAGUCUCAUAAUUUACUUGGAGAAGUAUUUU